UGAUGAGCACUAGUUCAGAUACCGAAUUAACAUAUUGAAAUGAGUUUAUUCCAAGUUAUCCUACUGACAUGUGUUAUGACACUUAUGGUAACGGGACAUAAAUCCUGCUCCAGAAAUGCUGGUCUUAUGAAGAGUAUUCAAUACCAACUUAAUCUCGUUGAGGACAAUAAUGGGAAGUGUGAUUGUAAAGGAAGAGAUUCAGGACCAGAUAAAAUUGCGUUUAUGGCUAAAAAUUCAGCUGCUUUAACAAACAUUCCUGCGAAAUAUACUGUAGUAUACAAUACAGUUGUGACAAAUGUAGGCAACAGAUACGAUAAGUCCACUGGGAUAUUUACCCCUCCUUCAGAUGGUGUCUACAUCUUUUCCUGGACCGUCCUUGCUCAUAAUGGCAAACAUUUCCUUACUUGCCUCUCUCUAAAUGGAAAACAGAUAGCCAAAAACUAUACAGGGGCACACACUGUAGGAAAUCACAUCUCAUCAAGUCAGAAUGCUGUUCUUGAAAUCGAGAAGGAUGAUAAAGUGUUCGUAAAGGUCUUAGAAGGAUAUACUGGACAGUACAUGCUUGGUGAUAGCUGGUCAACUUUCAGCGGUUAUAAACUAUAAAAGCUAUAUAUAGCACAAAAA